AUGGAGCUCAGUCAGGGGCUCUGCAUGCUGCCUGGUACUUUGUUCUACCGCAGGUUCGGGCCGCGCCUGACCAUCGCCGUCGGCAGCGUCGUCAGCACCGCCGGCAUCGCGCUGGCCAAUCUCGCCGUCGACAAGUCGCUGGCAUGGGUGGAAGUGACCUACGGAUUCCUGAACGGCCUCGGCGUAGGCCUGGUGUACACAGUUCCGAUUCUGGUCGGCUACAAAUGGUUCCCGAAGAACAAGGGCCUGGUGAGCGGGGUGGUGGUCGGGGGCUACGGUCUGGGCGGCAUCAUUUUCACCACCAUGCAGACCAGCUUUAUCAACCCCGACAACGUGUCGCCGGAGGACGACGGAUUCUUUCACGACGAAGCGCUGCUGGACCGUGUUCCGAACGUGUUCCUGCUUCAGGCGGGCGUCUGUGUAGGACUACAGUUGGUCGGUUUCCUUGGCGUUCGUGAUCCCCCCUCGAAAACGCCACAGAGCGACAGCGCUCCAGAGGCUGCGAACAGUGAGCUGAAGACAGAGUCGGAGGCAGAAAUAACCGGGGAGCUCCGGCGCGGCGGUGAUGUUUCAAAACACAGCGUCGCAGGUGGCGCCAGAAACGUGUACUCUGUGAAGGAAGCACUCAGGACUCUGGCCAUAUACCAGCUUCUCCUGGGUUACAUUUUGAACACAUUUCCCAUCAGCUUUAUCAUACCGUUAUGGAAGGCCUUCGGGCAAACCUUCAUCAAGGAUGACUUCUUCUUGGAGCUGGUCGGUUCCGGUUCUUCAGUCUUCAACAUGCUCGGUCGCAUAGCCUGGGGAUUUUCGUGCGACUUGUUCGGUUACAAGCCAGUCAUGGUAUUGAUGUCCGGGCUGUUCUGUUCCCUCAUGCUCACCCUCCAGUCCACCUCGGAGGGCGGCAAGGUGAUGUUCCUGAUCUGGAUCUGGGCCAUUUUCUUAUGCUUCUCCGGCACGUUUUCCGUGGUGAUCACGGGCACAGCUGAGACCUUCGGCGCGGAGAGCGCCGGCCAGAUCUACGGCUUGAUCUUCGUGGUUGGCUCCAUGCUCUCGAUCUUCUCGUCAUUUCUCAACAACCUGCUGCUCGACCGCUACGGCUACUCGCUGCUGCUGCUGGUCACCGGCCUGAUCAACGGCGUCGGCUUCAUCGUCACGCUGACCUUCCGACCACCGAAACGGCGGACUGUAGACUGA